UCAGGUUACACCAAGUGAACCACAGCUCAAGGGGAUGUCAAAGAUGGAGGACGUCGCGUGAACCUGAUUUAAACGAGCAUAGCACUUCAGGUACAAAGCCUUGUCAGAUGGUAACAGACUGGACUUUAUUUGUUUAACGUGAAGAUGGCUCUGAACGAAAUGAGCCGCUGUGUUCGGCUGUUGUUCGGUCCAAUUCAACGAUGUCCUGUUGUGACUUCGAGGCAGACUGCUCGGUGUCUGAGUCAGGCGGCCACUCAGCCGGAGCCCACCGCGGAUGAAAACGAAUCGGUCAGUCCGACCUUUGUGAACAGGAACCCCCGGAACCUGGAGCAGAUGGCUCUGGCUGUGAAGGACCGGGGCUGGAAGACUACAUGGCCUCGCCAGGAGUUCUACCACAGGUUGAUGUUCUUUCGCAGCAAACGCCACGUCACGGCGGAGGUGUUCUCCACCGGCUCUACUGUUCCCGUACUGACCUGUUCCACCAAAGAGUGGGCAAUGAAGAGGGAACUGGCUUCCACAAACUCUGUAGUAGCGUGCCAAGCUGUGGGGGAGGUGCUGGCGAUUCGAUGCCGGCAGGCUGGCAUCACCAGGAUGGUGUACAAGGAGAUUCCCUGGACGUACCGCUGCGAUGCUGUUCAGGCGUUCAGAACUGCAAUAAAAGAGGGAGGAAUCAUUCUCAGUGAACCCAGGAGGAAAUAUAUCGGGACAUAAAUCUACUCCACCAGUUGUUUUGAUAAAUGUCCAUCACUUAUUACUGGACAGGUGUUCAGUGACAAUGUAGAAGAAAAACAAUGUUUCUUAUGGAUAAGUGUUUCAGAACCUACCUGUGCUGCUCUGGUGCAUUAUUAAAAGGAGAAAAACAAA